AUGACCCAGCUCUUCGGCGAUAGACUCGUCAUUGCCAAUGCCACAGGCUGUUCCUCGAUCUGGGGUGGCUCCAACCCAUCCUUCCCGUACACGACGAACAGCAAAGGAGAGGGCCCCGCCUGGGCAAACUCCUUGUUCGAAGACAAUGCUGAGUUCGGCUUCGGCAUGCGCAAGGCCUUCAAGCAGCGCCGCGACUACCUCGCAUUGCAAGUGGAGGACACCUUGGCGGAUCAGUCCGUGAAGAUGUCUGACGAACUGCGCCAGGCCCUGCAGCAGUUCUUGGUGAUGCGCAAGGAGCAGAUGCACGACCUCUUGCUGCCCAAAGGCCGCAGCAUCUACCAUCAGAUCAUGGAGAAGCUCGUGCCGCUGCUAGAGAAGGAGAAGGGCACACAUCCAAAGAUCCACAACCUCUACGACUUGGAAGACAUGUUCGGCCGCAGCAGCUUCUGGAUAGUUGGCGGAGACGGCUGGGCCUACGACAUCGGCUACGGUGGCUUGGACCACGUGAUUGCCAGCGAGGAGCACGUGAACAUCCUCGUCCUGGACACGGAGAUGUACAGCAACACGGGCGGUCAGGCGUCCAAGGCAACACCCAAGGGAGCGAUGGCCAAGUUUGCCGAGGGUGGCAAGCUUACACAAAAGAAGGACUUGGGGCAGAUGGCCAUGACGUACAAGAACGUUUACGUCGCGAGCAUCUGCGUGCAUGUGAACCCUCAGCAAGCUGUGCGAGCUCUGAUUGAGGCAGAUGCCUAUCCAGGCCCCAGCCUCAUUCUCUCCUACACCCCGUGCAUCAGUCAAGGCUUCCCCAUGUCGGAGUCAAUCCAGCACUGCCAGAUGGCCGUGGACAGCGGCUACUGGCCGCUCUACCGCUACAAUCCUGAGGCUGCGGCGCACGGCAACAACCCCUUCCAGCUCGACAGCCGGAAGAUCAAGGGCGACCUGUUCAAGCUCCUGGCAAAGGAGAACCGCUUCGCAGCCGUGAUGCGUCGCGACCCAAAGCACGCCGAGGAGUUGGACAACAAGCUGCAAGAAAAUGUGGUGCAGAAGAAUCACCUGCUGCAGGUCCUGAACAAAGAGGACCUGGAAGGGCAGUUCUCCAAGUUGGUCGAAGGUCUUUCGGAUGCGAAGAGCUCGGGCGACUCCAUCACAGUGCUAUACGGCAGUGAGACCGGCAAUGCAGAGGAGCAGGCGAAGAAUCUUAUGCAAGACCUCAUUGCACGUGGACUGAAAUCCACCGUGAGCUCCUUGGAUGACUUCGAGUUCGAUGAGCUACCGAACCAGAAGAUUGUCAUUUUGGUGGUGUCCACAUGCGGACUGGGCGAAUAUCCGGCCAACUGCAAGCAGACUUGGCUGAAGCUCCAAUCUCCGGAUCUGCCAAUGUCCUGGCUGGCAGGUGUGAAGUUCUGCGUCUUCGGCCUGGGCGACUCCACCUACAGCCAGUUCUGUGUGGCUGCUGCCGGCUUCGACACCCGCUUGGGCGAGCUUGGCGGACAGCGCAUGCUGAAGCGCGGCGUGGGCGAUGACCGUGAUGAGGACAGGUACUACACUGGCUGGGAAGCCUGGCUGCCAGAGCUGUGGAAGGUUCUCGGGGCCCCGGCUUUGCCGCUGAGCCAGGAUAUCCCUGCACCUUCCUAUCGUGUGGAUGCAUCCGCAGGCGACUUGGCAAAGCCACCCGUCAGCGACGAUGACAUCAUCCCGCCCGGCGCCAACAGACUCACGCUGCUGACCAACAACGUGCUGACAGGUGAUGCCAAGUACGAUCGUGACAUUCGGCAUUAUGAGUUCAAGAUUGAAGGCACCAACGUUGCUUACAAGACAGGCGAGAGCCUUGCCAUCUGGCCCCGCAACCCCGAAGACAAGGUCCUGGAGUUCUGUGAGAUGAUGGGCUUCGAUGCCGCGCAGCACCUGAGGAUCCUGCCUCUCGAGGGUGCGCGCAACUGGUGUCCUACGGAGCUGAGCGUUCGCCAGCUUUUCUCCCACGUCUUGGACAUCUUCGGGAAACCGAACAGGAAGUUCUUCCAGACAUUGGCUCUCUUCGCAAAGGACGAGGCAGAGAAGAAGCAGCUCCAAAGCAUGGUCGAGAACAGCCAGGAGGGUGCGGCCCUCUACCGCGACUUGACACACGACUUCGCGCACCACGCAGAUGUGCUGAAGAAGUUUGCAAGCGCAAGACCUCCUAUCGAGCACUUGCUUCAGAUGAUGCCAGUCCUGAAACCCCGCAGCUAUUCGAUUGCCAGCUCUCCAUUGAUGCAUCCGGACAAGAUCCAGCUGUGCGUGGUGUUGGUGGACUGGACGGUGGAGAGCACCAAGGAACUCCGCCUGGGCGAGUGCACAGGCCAUCGGCUUUCGAUUCAGCAAGGCUACAUGCAGCAGCAGAAGCCGGGAGCCCAAAUCAUGUGCGCCGUGCGAUCGAGCGCCAUUGUGCUGCCCAAGGAGCCGGAGAAACCUGUCAUCAUGGCGGGCAUGGGCACGGGAUUGGCCCCGUGGCGCGCUGUCACCCAGGAGCUUUCUUGCAGUCCUUUCUGCAUUCUGUGA